GACGUCGCGAGGGCAGUUGCAAUCUUCGGCGGAAGCAUGUCCCGGCGCCACCUGGAGCCGCGCUCGGAUGACGAGGAUGCUUGGGAGAACGACUUCAACUUUGAUGGGCUCGCAGCGCGUGGGGCGACAGAGCUGCCAACGUCGCCGACGCUGGGCCAAGCCGUCGAGCGCCUGGCCUUGAACUACCGCCUUGUCGACGUGCUUGGUCGCGCGUGCAGCGGCCUCAAUGAUCAACUGGACAGCGAGCUCCACUUGCAUGGCGAAGGCGCCGCCUCGGUGCCUGCGACGAGCAUGGUAGAGCUACCGACGACUAGAGCUAUACUGACCCCACGCAGGAGCGUGCAUCAAGCUUUCUUAUCGACUGCUGCUUGAUGGUCUUCCGCAACGAAGCGUCGGCAGUCGCUGCAACGCUCGAGACGGCUCGUGCCAUCCUCACGACGUCGAGUCCGUGCAAGUCGGGAGGUCUCAGCGACUGCGCAACACAGCUGCGUCGCAACAUUCUUCUUCUGUGGCUGCAGGUUGAAACCUUUGCUGUCGCACCCGUGACGCAAAAGCCCAUUCUUCUCGAGUUGCUCGCCCGUGACAUGGGUCGAGCCAUGGGCCAACUGCAGCCAGCAACCAUGGGCAGUACGAGCACCCGCAGCCCGCUCUUUGCUCUUGCACACCUUGUCUUGAGUGAGAUGCACGACGUUGUCGCCCCGAUCCUCGGCGCGGGCCACGCCAAGCCGUCGCAACUCGUCGAGCUCACGUCCGUUUUGCGAAUCUCGGUGCUGCUCCUCAUGUUUCUUGGCGUGCAGCACCGCACGCCAGACUCCGCACCGUCAUUGUCCUGGCAGACGUUGACCAAGAUGGCGCUGUGCAUGGGUCACUUGCUGCUGCUCUCUUGCGAGCUCUCGCUGGUGACGGACUUUGCGUGCGUGUGCAGCAAAGCUGCAGCCUACGUCAUCGACGACCCCAGCCUCUUAUCGCAGGCCAAGCUCGUGCUCUGCCAAGCCCAGCUCGAGCAAAAGCGCCUCAUGGACGAAGACGAGGACUGGGCGGAUUUCACGCCACACGAUCGAUCGCAGCGGCUCUUCUCCCUCGAGUGGACGCCCACCAACAAGCCCAAGCAAAUGGCAGAGAACGACGACGAGGAGGAGGAAGAUUGGGAUAAGGAGCUCGCGCAAGACGAGGGGCAGAGCGGUGCGACAAGCUCGCUCUCGACGGUUCUCAACAUGCGGGACCUCUUUAUCGACGCGUCGUCGACAUUGCCGCCGUCCGAAGCAAGCCGCCCUCGAUGGCUCACGCAGCGCAUCGACGAGUGUCCGACCGCGUCGCCACAACCACCACCGCCACCACCACCGUCGCCGUACUCGAAAUCGUUUGCGGCGUUUGAGACAGGCCAGCUCCUCAGCCAGAUUUGCCCGUCCGCUCGCUCGAUCGAAGCGUGGCUCACAAGCCUCGACGUGCACCCGCCUCGUUUCGUCCACGAUGCCGAGACCGAAGUGCUCGCGCUCACCGACCUCCCCGUCUACGAACGCUUGUGGUGCGAGGGCUACGUCCAUUGCUGUAAUGUGCUUCAAGCCAGCGCGCCAGACGUGUGCCUCGGCCUCGCCACCGCUUUUUUCCAGAUGCUGGCAACCACACGUGUGCCCACCACGCUUUGCAAAGGCGUUGUUGCGGCGGGAAAGCACAUACUGGCCACUCUUGCGCUCGUCUUGCAUCCACUGGGACUGUCCGCGACCGUCUUGGACGCGCCUGUGGCGCAGCUGAAAGCGCUAGGUACGGCGCCGGACGAUGUCGCCAUGCUGGAGCUUGAGUGCGCACUGCAUCUUGCGCUAUGCACGUGUGCCGAGGACUUUGCCGACUCGGUGGACCAGCUAGCCUUGCUCGACCGAGCGCAUACGCUCUUGCAGCGUGCCCACGCAUCACUUGUGGCGGAGCGCGAGAUCUUGUGCCAUGGGUGUCCUGCUUCGAUCGCUGCCAUGGAGCGUAGCAUGACGCUGCACUUGCUUGUGCACUGCGUUGCUUUCGGGCUCUCGCCGCUCACGCUUCAACACGUGACCAAGGGGGCGUCGCUGGACGUUGCCAACGACCUGGUGGAGGCCGAGACCGCAGCGCUCUCAACCUCCCCCAACAUAUUUGCCCAUGUGCUCAAGCACACGGCGCAUCCGUCGCAAAGCGCCGUCUACGCCCGGCUCGUUCACCUCUUUGGCUAUUUACCGCUGCAGUCAAGUGUCCGUAUCCAGGCCGGGAUGGUCCUUGGGACGACGAUGCUCGCGCUCCAGUGCCUUCAAGAUGCUGAAAAUGUCUUGUACGAAUCGGUCUACCUCUCGGUCUCGGCCAAGACGACGCGAAUUCGGUCUCCUAGCGUGCCGUAUAUGCUCUGCGCCUUUGGCGACGCGCUCGUGUCCAACCGCAAGUACCGGUUUGGGAUUGUCGCGUAUGAAGCGGCUUUGCGGGCGGGCGACGCUGCAUUUUGCACCGACCUCGAGCGUAAACUAGCGAUUCUCUGCAGUGACAAUGGCGACAUUGAUCGCAGUCUCGUUCUCUACGCUCGGAUUCGCCAUACCAGCCGCGACCAGCGACGUAUCUUUGAGUACGUUUACGUUGCAGUGACGAUGGCCACUAUGCACAUGGAGCGCGGUGCAUUUGCGAGCGCGGCCUCCGACAUGCAGCACGUACUCACGUUCAUGAAGAACGAAGUGUUUACACAGGACGUGCGCAUGGAGCUUCAUGUGCUGCGCGUUCGCCUUGCCAUUUGUCUCUUGCACUUGCAAGAGCCCCAAAAUGCCAUCGUCAUGCUCUUGCGCUGCCGCGACGAGCUCCUUCAGAGCUCCAGUCAUGUGUGUGCGUCAUCGGUCAAGCUCGUGGUGGUGCUUGGCUGGCUUGCGACCGCCUACUUGCGGGAUGGCGCCCUCGCAGCGUGCGAUGAAACCCUGCUCUCGAUUGCGCGGCUCCGUGAGACGACGAGUUGCCGGUACAACUGCCUCGCGUCAGCCGCGCGACGCAAGCACGUUAGCCACGGCUCGUUUGCCAAAGUGCCGAGCUGCCUCAACAUGACCGUGUCGCUGCAUGAACACCCGGGCGCCGACUUGUACUCGCUUCAGAUGCAGCUCUCGCUGGCACGCUGCGAGUUGGAGAAAGCUGCGCACUACUCAGCGCUCGCAAUCAUCACGCUCGAGCUCGACCCGCAUGCAGAGAUGCACGAGCUCGCCGCGCUCUACUACUUACGCGGCAAGGCGCUCGACGCAUGCUUGCACCACCCGGGCCUCUUUCCGAUGAAGCUCCAAGGACUGGAGUGUGAACAACUCAUUCUCGCCAACAAGCCCAAACUGUCGCACCACCGCCGCAAGAGCUCGACGCUGCUCCGCGAACGCGUCCUCGUCACGUCCGAUGAAUGUCUCUACCACGCGGUGCGAUCGCUGCACCAUAGCUUUGAGCUCUACAAGAGUACCGGUGACAAGCCAGGCAUGGUCCGUGCAGCGAAUCGACUCGCGGCCAUGUACUUCGACAAGGUGUUUGUGUCCGUGCUGGUGCGCAACCAGUCGCUUGUAGACGUUGCAGUGCUGCGGCUCAAACGGCGGCAUGCGUCGUCGCAUCUGAAUCUCAACGACGAGUGCGUUGAGUUUGCCUUUACACUGGACGACAUGCGUGGCCCCGCGACGCUCGGCUUUGAUUUGAGCCUUGAUGCGAUGGCGCCCGAGCCGUACAUGGAGGCGUGUGUCAAUAUGGCGACGCUUUGCGCGCUCCGCAACGACUGGCCCGAGAUGCUGCGCUACUGGUACGAGGCCCGGGACGUCUUUUACCACUGCGGGUUUGGCACUGGCAAGCGCCACCGCCGCUUUCGUCACCGCCUCGUGCAGCUGCUCUUGUGUUGUGAGCCUGCGCUCGUCGCGGCCAACAGCGUGCUCCUGGAUGUAGCUGCGUCCGACGACGUCCCAUUGUGGUUUUGGCGCAAAACCCAGCACAAAAAUGCGACGCUCCCCGCCGAGACGAGCUUGAGCUACCACUACAAACGGCUGCGCGAGACGCGGCCAAGCCAUCAACGCACGCAGUCGGAGUCGCUCGAGCACGUGCCACCAACGGUGCAUGGCAAGCGGUCCGGCUACCACCGUUCGUUCCCACCGCGCAUCCGCGACAAAGGCCGAGCCAAACCCCGAGGCCUCAAGGACAUCUUUGAACAUGCAACAGAGGCGCCGAACGGUGGCGCCGAGGAGCCUCCGCUGGUCACGCGCCAACGUCUCCUACUGCGCGUGGCCCACAGUGCGGGGCGAGGCGCCGAGGGUAGCGACCACUCUGUACAACAAGAUCGUUUGCGCAAAGUCUGGGCGCUUGCUGAAGAGAUGCGCGGCGGCGGGCUCUCGCAGUGGUGCGCAAGCCUUGUGCUCGAUGCCGUGCCCGCCAUCUACGUGCUCGGCGAUCAUGACGGCAUUGCUACCUUCUCGACGGCAACAGUUAGCGGCGACUGGCGUAUUUUAGAAGGCGACACGCUCACGCGGUACGCCCCCGUACUGCGCCACGGGUCACUUCUCGCGCAGCGGCAGUGCUUUGAGCAAGAAGCUAGCACGACGUCAAUCGCCCUAUGGCACCGACUUACCUCUGACGCACCGCCGUCGCUUCGCGAGCGACACGAGUGGCUGUGUAGCCACCAGUUGGACGCUGCUAAAGAAGACGACCUGCGUGGUCCGUCUCUUGUCCACAGCAAAGCGCCGGUGCCGUCCUCGAAGAAGGUAUCGACGCAGACUAAGCUUAUUGUUGCCCCGGUACUGGCUUCGCUGCCGUGGGAAGUUCUUCUGGAGGAAGCCCCCACGGACCCCACUCGUCUUGCGGUUGCACGUCUCAUUCGGCCACUGGAAGCCCAGCCACAGUCGCUAGAGUGGUCGACCUCGCACCUGCUUUUGUUUGUCGUACACCCAUCGACACAGAGUCUACUGGACGUUCCCAGGAAGAUCCAUGUUCUCGCAUCUCGCGACGCUGCAAAUGUGACCAUCGACAUGGCAGUCGCCAACGUGCGCCGGAAGAAGAAGCCGUCGCUGGCGUUGACGUCGUGCCCGAUGAAUAUUGCAGUGGCAGCAAUGGACGACUGGUCGACGAGUGCUGUCACUGCGCUGCGCCGGUCGCCGACGCUCUUUGCGCUGCUUUUGGUGCCCGCCAGUUUUGUACGGCCGCUGGCGUUGGCGCUUUGGGCGCGCCGGCCAAAGAAGCGCCGACUGUUUGGCACGCCGAGUCGCACCGUGGAGGCGCCGCGCGAGUGGCUCGACGAUGUUGUCGGCGCCUUUGAGCGGACGACCUUUAUACCCGUGAGUGUAGUGAUUACAGGCGCUUGA